AUGACCAUGGCCAACAUGGAUGGCCAUAUGGACAUGGCCAAGCAUUACGACACCACAACUGACGGGAGAGUAGUUGGCCUCAAGCCAGCGCCACCAUUCUCUAAUGAUGAACUCAAGGUCUGCCCAACGUGCCGUGGCCCAUUCAGAAGCAUCUCGAGGUACGGCCGCAUUGUCCGUCGUGCGCUCUUGGACGAGUCGACCAAGAAAUUCAUCGUGUGGUCCAAUAAAAUUUACUGCGGACUGCAAUCACAAUUCCAAGCCGCACAAGACCAGCUCUCUGCCACCAGCGAGACAGUGGCGAUCGGCACUACAGCACCGGUCGAACUCCAAUUAUCUGGAAGCCCAACGGCACAGUUCAAACUGUUGCAGGAAACAGCGGGAGCAUUGAUGAUCCAAAGCCGCUACACUCAAGUCUUCCAGCUCCGCAAGAGUAUACACGCGCACGUCAAGAAGGUCAAGAAAGAAGAGCAGCCAUUCAAGCGCGUGCAUGAUUUCUGCCAAGACGCUCGGCGCAGGCGCGAGAUUACAGGCUCCUUCGACUUCGAUCAGGAAGUUCUCCAAACCCGAGCGCACCUCCUCGCCUCUGCCCUUCUCCUCCGUUGCGAUCUUGUCCUCAUUGCCGACAUCGUCAGCAUUUGGCGUGACAAGCUACCGGUACAUCUCCACGCCAAAGCUCUUGUCAAUCUGUCCGCUAGUCGUACCCGCUGCCUCGAGCUGCUCGCCAUCGCUGGCGCCACCAACAGCCCCGCGCAGCAGGUCGAAGCCCUCAUCGCCUACGCGCAGCUCAACGCCAUCGAGCGACCGUUCGCCGCCUCGCCGAACACUCAGGAUGAACUACGCGAAGAAGCCCUCAUCCACAUCACUACCGCUCGCGCCCUCUGCGCUGUACACCCGGGCAGCACGGCCGGGUUGUCUGACGAAGUGGACACGGUGGAGCGGAUGCUGCGUGCCGAAACAUUCUUUAGUGUUGUUACGUCCGAGGAGCGACGUGCGGUACUGGCAGCCAUGGCGACGGAGUUUCGUGGGACGGGACAUUGGUAUUACUGCGAGAACGGGCAUCCAUUCACAGUCGGCGAGUGUGGCAUGCCGAUGCAGCAGACGGCUUGUCCACAGUGCGGGGCACCGGCUGGUGGCAUGGAUCAUGCGCCUGCGGCUGGGGUGAGGAGGGCGGAAGACUUGGAGGAGGAGUUGGAGACGCUGCAUUUGUAG